CACUGUGUUGCAGUGGUUCUGGUCAUACCUCUCAGGCAGUUUCCAGAUGGUGGUGCUUGGGAAUAGCUGCUCUUCUAAAAAAGAGCUGCUAUGUGGUAUCCCACAAGGUGCCAUUCUAGCCCCAAUGUGUUUUAAUAUUUACAUGAAACUUCAUGGGGCAGGAUAUUAUCAGUAUGCUGAUGAUGCCCAAAUAUAUUUCUCCAUGCCUUCAAAAGCAGCUACAGCUAAGGAUAGCAUGUCUUCUCUGAAUGAAUGCCUGGAGGAAGUAAUAGACUGGAUGAGGAAAAACAAAUUGAAACUGAAUCCAGACAAACAGAGGUGCUUGCCACCAAGGGUCCUAAUCUGAGGAUGGAGGUGUGUUAACCAGUCCUAGAUGGAGUUACACUUCUCCUGAAAGACUGUUUUCGUAGCUUGGGAGUGCUCCUGAAUCCGUCUCCCCAUAUAUCAAACCAGGUAGGUGCGAUGGUCAGGAGUGCUUACUAUCAGCUUUGGCUGAUAUGCCAGCUGCGCCCCUUCCUAGAUUUGGAAGACCUGAAGAUGGUAGUGCAUGCUCUGGUAGCCUCAAGCUGCCAUACCUAAUUGACGGUGACAGAAAACUUACACAGAGCAAUGCCAUCCUGCGAUACCUUGCCCGCAAGCACAAGAUGUGUGGGGAGACUGAAGAAGAAAUAAUCCGGAUGGAUAUACUUGAAUACCAGGUUGUGGAUUUUGCAACAGACCUUGCAACACUGUGUUACAGCCCAGAUUUUGAAAAAUUGAAGCCGGAGUACAUUAAACAGCUACCUGGGAAGCUGAAGCGGUUCUCCCAGUUUCUGGGAGACAGAAAAUGGUUUCUAGGAAAUAAGAUCACCUAUGUAGAUUUCCUUGCAUAUGACAUUUUGGAUCUGCACCAGAUGUUCCAGCCGAAAUGCUUGGAUCAGUUCAAAAAUUUAAAAGAUUUCCUGGAUCACUUUGAGGCAUUGGAGAAGAUUUCUGCCUACAUGAAAUCAAGCCGUUUCCUGAGAACUCCCCUCUAUAGCAGAAAUGCCACAUGGGGUAAUACGGAUGAAUACAUCCCGGCUUGACAUUUGCAAUUCUGUAUCAGGAGGGAGCCUUGAAACACCACCUCGCUUCAUGCUUCAGAACAUUGUUGCACAGUAUUUCCAAUGCCCCAAAUACAUUCCAAGGAACUAGAUAAUAAUAAAAGCUGUUGGGUGUGAAAAA